AUGAAAUUAACCGAAGGAGACUGUGAUAAUGUCUACUACUGUAAUAGAAAGGAAUGCUUGGAUGAUGGUAUAAGAAGAAUCGACUUAGAUGCUGAUUAUUGGGAGUUUGUAGAAGCUGUUUAUAGUGAGGUUGAGUUGGAUGUGUACAUUGAUCACCGAAAGGAACCAAUUCUUGAUUGGGCUGGUAACGAGGUUUUAGUAUAUGAUAUGAGUGAUGAUAAUAAGUAUGGCUUGGAUGAAGAAGAUGACAAGGACUCAAAAAUUUAUGAUACUAAAAAAUAUGAACAUGAACAUGAUGAAGAGGUUUAUACUUUUGACAAAACUGUUGGAGACAAAUUUUUGAACAAACUUUCAGGUGAUUUAAGUGAUGAUGAUGAAUCCAACAAUGGAAAAUAUAUGGAGGUUGUGUUCCAUAUCCAUGAUGAGAACCAAUAA